AUGAACUCCACAGACAAACCCCCGAACGUGACAAAAUGGACGCUGAAUCCGAACCCCACUCGGGUGCGCGACAAUCAACGUCGUCAUCGUGCGCGUGUCAAAGCCCGAACUGAGUCUCUUGAGGUUCAGUUGAAGGCGACUCAGGAAGAGUUGCGAGCAGCGCAUGCGCGUAUUCAUGAGCUAGAAUCUCUUCUAACAGCAAAUCGGCCCUUGUUCGUCUCUGAGAAAGCCCAGGUUCCAGUCGAGCUUAGGGCAUCCAAUAGUGGCUGCAAUGAACCGACGUGCUGCCGUCACAGCCUUAAACCCAUCGAUCAGCAUUCCAGACAACAGGAUCUGAAUAGAACUACCGUCGCGCCAUUUUUUGGGAUACCCCCAGCCGAUACCCUCGCGUCUAAUAUGUUUUCUACGGUUCAGCAUUACGAUGAGGACGAUCAACUACCCCCAGUCGCUGGUGGCGAAUCGACAACCCUCUGUCGUUUGGCGUAUGAAAUCAUUGAACAGCACAAUAUGACUGGCGUCGAGUCAUGUGAGAUAGAGCAUUGUCUCCGACCAGGCUUCAGGCGCGCGACAAGAAAAGGAGAAGGAUGUAGGGUCGAGACUACGAUUCUGUACGCGUUGAUUGAUCGCAUCAGCCCUGUCUGA